GGCACAAGUUCUUGUUGGCGCUUUUUUGAAACAUAAUUAUAAUUUCAUUGUUUACAUUUAAUUGGAUUUAAUUUUAAGACUAACAUUAGUUUGGAAAUGAUGUCGUCGAUAAAGAUAAAUCGAGACACUUUAAAUAAACUAAAUCACGAUUCUUUAGAAAUCCGUUUACGUACUUUGGAACAACUUUCAUCAAAACUAAAUCGAGCGCUGGCGCAUAAUGGAACUAUUGAAUUCAAGCCUGGUGAAUUAUGUAAACAAUUGAUACGCUGGUUUGGCUUGUUUCCCAUCCAGCAACCACUAAAAGUAUUAAAUUUAUUAAAAUCUGUAUUAAAAUCUCCAGCAUACGGUUCCAUAGCUAUUGACAAAAUAGGAUCAGAAAGAUUUAUAAAAGAAUUGAGAAAAAUUCAAACCUUAUUCGAUGGUCAUAGUGAAGAGUUCAAAACUAUUAAUGAAAUGAAAGAAUUUUUAAAAAAACGCACUCUUACAAAAGAAAAUACUGGAAUUAAUAAGCACUCAGUGAAUUUGGAAGACUUAAUUGAAUCCGCUGACAAUAUGAAAAUUAAUGUAAAAGUGGAAAGUGAUAACCUGAAUGAUUACGAGUUAGCUUGGUCAUAUCCGUCACCAUCAGAUUAUACUUCAAUGAAAUUUGUAUCGGAUAUUUUAAUAAAUAAGUUUGCAACAACUCUUGAAAUUGAAAAUGCAGUACAACAUUUGGAACUAACUAUGAUAGAUUAUCCAGCGGAAUAUCUCCUGCAGGCGCCGCAUAUAUUUCAGAAUCUUCUACAUAUUUAUGACAAGCGCAAAUGUGAAAAUCAAGAUAUUUCAAUGGAUGUUGUGGCUUCGGCAUUAUUACAAUUUCUUAAUAUAUUUGAAAAACGCAUUAAAAUGCGUAGAAAGUCGACGGCAUAUAGUGAAAAAAACAAAAUGUUAAAAAAUUCUCAAACGCCUUGUCAACUCAAGUAUGAAAUAGCUUUAGCAGAACUUUUGGAAGCUAGCGUUUUCCACUUGGAAUCGCAAUCAUCUCAAGGCACUGUUUCUCCAUUUGUGUGGGAGGUCAUUUUUAUGAUUUUAAAUCUAAUACAAAAGAUAGACAGAAUUGUGGAAAUUUUAUUCUUGUGUAAAGUUGCUACAAUUGUGGCCAAUUUAAGUGUCAAGUAUGCCGAGACAGAUCAUUGUGCUCGACUCCGUCUACACCAAAUGCUUUUAAUGUUUAUGUUACAAGAUGUUGUUCGAGUAACUACAGUACGUAAUCCUCUAAAAGGUAUGGAAGUAAUUGAACCUAUAUUGCGAGAUUAUACUAUGAAAUGUUUCUACGGUACACGACAUGAACUCACAGAAGCUCUUGUACUUAAGGACGAUAAAUCAAUGAAGGAAAAGUAUCAAAUUCUGAAAUUGUAUGAGCGCUCUUUCAAAACUUCUAUACAAAUGUUAAUUAAUAGAUCGGAAAUGUCCGGUAGCGAUAUAAUAAAAGAAGGGCAACAUGUCUACCAAGUUUUAGAUAUGUUGCAAAGUAAACAGUUAAUUGAUGUACUCUUUGGUGCUGUUGUCCAAGAUAUUUAUUUUUACCGAUCAAAUGACAAACUGAAGGAACAAGCUAUUGACUUACUACUGAAAUUGCUAAACCUUACUUUUAUGCCAUUAAAAUUGCACGUAUAUGACAAACUAAGUGGUGCAUUUAAAAGGCAUGUGGGUUGCCUGAUGACUGGAGAACGUUAUGUCAUGGAAUGCUCAAAUGCGGAACUUUUAAAAGCUCAUAUAAUUGGUGUACCAUUAAGUACAGAACUUUUAGUUCAGUUGGUAAAUGAUAGUUUUGAAAGUUCUUGUGAUAGAAUUAGAAAUAAUUGCUCCCAAAUAUUGGAACUGUUAUUACAAUCUCAAACAUUAUUUGGUUCCAAUUGGUGGAAUCUUUUGUCGAUAGUAGUGCCUUUACUGCCACUGCUUAGUUGUUGUACUCUUUCGGAGAAGAUGAUGGAUUUGCUUCUUAAACUUUAUGAUCCUGACUUAAGGCAGCUACCUUAUGUCAGCGUUUUGCAGGGAAAUUUAGGAUUUCUAUUUCAUUCGAAUGCAGAUAGACGUUCAGAAGCCCUAACAAGAUUAAUUUACUCCCUAAACUGUUUAAAGGAUGCUGAAAAGUAUGCUCCAAAUCUUAUUGAAAUAAGUGAUACAUUACCCAAUGAUAUUUGCCUCCAAAGUACACCUAGGGAAUUUCGAAACAUUUUCAGCGAUCGUUUACCAGUAAGAUCUGAUGUUAUGACUUCUUUAAAUAAUUUACUGGAGUUGUUGGAUUCUCCAGAUGUGGAGCCAUUAAUACGCAAAACCACCCUAAUGCAAAUAAAUGUCUUGUGUUGUAAUUGGCGCAUUACUGCCGAACUGUGUAGUGUAGGUGCUUGCUACUUAAUAUUGAAGGCAUUGGAAAAUGCUUUGCAUCAGUCCUCGUCAUUAGAUUAUCCAGAUGCUGCAGUGCCUGCCAUCAGCAUUUUAAAUAAAAUAAUGUUAUAUGACUCAUCAGUUCGUUGUGAAUUAGCUGAGACUCCCAAUAUUUAUGUGUUACUUUUAAGAGCCCUAAUGCUGUUUCAUCAUGAUAUUCAGGUGCGUCAAGAUGCAACAAUGUGUUUAUUUCAGUUGCUGUUCUCAACACAGCUUAUAUGUACAGAGAACGGUAUAGAAGGACCCCUAAUAUUGGGUAACAUCCAAAUUCCAGUGGAUAUAAAGUUGUGUUCUGCCCUAUCAAAUAAAAUUCAUCAAGAGCCAGAAAAGUUGUCUACAAUGUUUGCUACCGCUUUGGAAGAAACACAAUACUGGAGAAUGGUUGUUGCAUCAACAUGUUUUAAAGGACUUUCAAAUGUCAAUCAAAAAUCUUUAUCUUUUCUAUCACAUUUGGAUAUUAGGCACGAUCUUAAAUUGACUAGUCAAGAUGUUCGGUUCAUUCGGGCUACGCAACCUGGUGUGUCACUCCAUCGUUUAAUAAAAGCAGCUUCGAAUGCGACAGACCACAGAUCUUUAAUACAAGCUUUUCUUCUUCUUAAACAACAAUUGGUGGUACCUACAAUUAAAGAUACAUUUUUGGUGAGUGACGAGUUUUGCCAAGAACUAAAUGGAAUUUUGAAGAGGUAUUUACAAAUGCCACCAGGUAAUAACAAUGAUCUAGAAUUAUACGAACAUUUACUAGAUAUUACUAUUAUAAGUUUGAAAAUUCCUCUGCUACUAGUGGCUUUAGAGAUUUUUAAAAUUUUGUUUAAAGAUCCACGCCAUGCCCUUGUUACAUUGUUAACUCAGCGUGAAGAAAUUCCUUUGCGAAUAUACAACAAAAUUACAAUUCUUCUACGACUACUUGUAUUUAAACAUAAGAAUGACUUUGAAAAACAUUUCAAUGGAUCCGAAUGUAGUACCUUAUAUAGUAAUUUGCUUGAUCUGGUUAUUGAACGUUGCUUGCAGUUUUUUGAAAUACGUGAUUUACAGCGUGUCCGCUGUUUGCUUUCUCUCAUGGUAGCUUUGAGCUCCUGCCAAUUGGAUAUGCCUGAUCAACUACUAUUUUUCUACUGUCGGCGAUUUGCACAACUUUCUUUGGCUCUGAAAUCAUUUACACAAACUGGAGCUCAAUGGCAUCGGGAUUGUUUUUUGGCCAUUUUACAAUUAAGUAAUCAAAUGCGGAGACCUACAGAAAAUUUUCGUCUGACUGCAGGUUUUGUUAAGUAUUUAAGUGGCUUAUGUGGACAUAAUGAUGUUGAAGUGCGAACAUUGUCAUGGUGCAUAUUAAAUGUAACAGCAAAAACUAAAGCCAUUGAAUGCUUGGAGACGGAAAACAAAAGUUCUGAUGUUUCUGGGCCUGAAUUGCUGGUGAAUGAACUCUCUUAUUUGCCUGGAGGAUUUGUAGCUUGUUGUCUCAGCACUUUAUUGGAUGCGGAAGAAGCUAUAUGCGUUCGUCAAAUGGCCGGUCAAUUAUUAGCUAUUCUGAUUCGCUCACAAGGACAAGUUGAAGAAAUAGAAAAACUUGUUGAACGGCAUAACUUUAUACGUUUUGCGACCGAAUCUCUUACUACGUCUGCUUGUAUACUGGAGAAGGAGUUUUCAAUUAACUUUGAUAUAUCCACAACAAAUGUAGCUACAUGUGAACUCAUUAGCUGCUAUUCACUUGUUUGUAUUGAACUAUCGCUACGAUCGCCUGCUUUUCUUAAAGAACUUUGUACGAAAUCACUAUUGUUCAAAUUAUAUGAAAUACUUAAACUGCCUCCGCCAAUUUCAAAAAAUUUAGGAUACAUAAAUAUGGUAGGCCACAUUUGCUGUUUAUAUACUAUGUGUUACUCUAACAAUUUCGUUUUCUUACAACGUACGGUUUGUCGUGAUGCUGUAUGGCUUAAAUGUUAUUGUGAAAUAUUAUUUGAAAUUGUGGUCACAUCCGACCAAACCUACAGUGUUAUUAACAUGUUACAACUGUUUUUGGUACUAUGUAAAGAUUCAAUAGCCCUAGAACAGCUUUUGGUCAAACUGCAGAACUAUUCCACUGAUAUUGUUAAACUUCUGCAUGAUGCUCUCAGCGUUAAAAAACUCAAUACACGUUUACAAGUGGUAUCACUAGCUGUUUUAAGUUUCCUCUUGAUUAAAUCACAACCUGAAAUAGAUAAUGAUCUUAGUAAUCAUAUUCUAACAUUACUUGAAAGUAAAAGUGUUUCAAUUAAAACUAUUAAAUGUAAUGGAAAUUUUGAAAGUGAAAAUAAGGAAAAUAAUGAGUACUUGGGAAAAAAGAAACCCGAUAAGGAUAAACACGAAAAUGUCACCAAAAAAGAAAUGCAUGAACAAAUUUCGAUUAAAGAAGCAACUAAAUCAUCGAUUACGGAGCAUAUUUGCAUAUUACUAAUUCGACUUUUUACACAUCUUUAUCCGAUAAAAGUGUGUACAUUUACAGCGCCUCCUAAUGCAAACCAGCAACAUGUCACCGAAACACUUUCCCUACUCUUAAAACAAUCUCAAAUCGCUCAGGAAACUGCACAAAACCUCAAGUUGCAGGAUAAAAUAGUGAAGAUUUUAAAAAAUUUUCUUGAUGAAUUUGCAACAACAUCCUGUACGGCAUAUGUUAAACGAUACGGGGAGAAUAAGAAAAUAGCGGUUAUAAAAAAUCUUCAGCUUUUGUUAAAGCUUUUGCUCACUUGGUACUCAUCGCCAGCAAUGAUGAUUACAGAUAACGCUUUAGCAGUGGAAUACAGUAAAAUCUUAAUACAAAUCUGGCCCUGGUUGGCGCAUUCAAAUGAUUUGAAAUUAACAGUUUUGCAAGUUUGUUCGUUUUUGAGCGAGCGUUCACUUGUAGUUUGUAAACAGUUUUCUACUCUCAAUAAUGGUCAAUUUCCGCAUUCUGUUCUCCAGUUGGUCGCAAAAAUGAUGACUGCUGAUACAUUAAAAAUUAAGGCCAACAGCACAGGUUGUAGUCAACUUAUUUCUGCUGGCUUACGUGUUCUGAUGAAUUGUUCUUCAUGCAUCGAAGGAAGAACAGCUCUUAACAAAAUUCACGCAUUGGAUAUAUUUGACAGCCUUCACCCCUUCAAUCCUAAAGCUCCACAAUUAAAAUUGGAAAUAGUACUCGCAUGGCUUCAGUUUUGGGAACUAUUCUCGCGUUAUGAUGAAGGAGCGUCAUCACAUCAUUUAAACGCUUUGUGUUCUGUUGUAAACAAGUCGACACCAUGUUGUGCUAGACGACUAAUAUCAUUGCGCAUUUUACGUAAUAUGGCUUUCUUAAGUAGCAAUCGGUCGCCGCUUAUAACAUCCACCGAUUUUAUAUUUACCGUUAAUGAGAUCGUGUCACAACCAAUUACAAAUUCAGUUGAAGAGCAAUUUGUUGUGUGUGUAGCUUUAUGGAAACUGAUUUCAGGUGGCGUAAAAUUUGUCGCUAUAAUUCGUGGCACUAAAUUAGCCAAGCAUCUCAGGUUGCUCAGGGAAAAUCUCACAAGUACAGAAGAUGAAAAUGAUAGGAAUAUUGAAUUUUCGAAUGAUCUGUUAAAUAUUUUGAAUAUUAUAUUUAAGAUAUUUAAUAACUAGUAAAAAUUUAAAUUAUAUGAAAAUUAAAUAUCGACUAAUUAGUCUUAAGAAAUGUAAUAUUUCAUUUUAUGUACACAUGCUAUUCCCAGUGUGUUUUGCUACCCUAAAAGCAAUAUAAAUAAAAAAACCCACUUAAUAAUUUUGAAGAUUCAAAA